AUGUGUAUAAAUGAUAUUCCAUUUGUUAUUCCAAGACAAUUAAAUGAAUGUCGACAAGAAACAUCACCUGAAUUUGAACGAGCAAAACUUAUUAUAAGACGAAUGGAUGAAUAUCUUGUUUCACCUGAAGAUCAUAGUGAAGCUAAAAGACAACGUCAUGAAAUUACUUCAGUUGGUUUACGUGCAUUAGCUGCUGCAGCUAAUACAAUACAAAAAGUAUCAUUUCGUGAAGUACUUAGUGUUGAUGAAACCUUACCAGUUGCAGCACGACGUUUAUCCGAAGAACAUUCAUCUGUUGACAAUCUUUUACGUCAAUCAGAAAAAAUUGAUCCAAUAACUGAUUUUCAAGAAGCACAUGAUUUCAUUGAAUUUGAUGCUGCACUUGAUCAACAUCGUAAAGAAUUAGCUAAAAAAGAUCCAUGUAAACCAUCGGAUAUGCUUUAUUUAAAAUUUUGUUUAAUGCUUGAAUUACAACGUGAUGAAAAUGAAAGUUGUUUACGUAUAUUAUUACAUGAUAUUAUAUUUAAAUUUCAUUUAUCAGAUUUUCGUUUACGUUGUGAAAUACAUGUACGAAAACCAAUUGAACAUGAACUUGUCCUAGAAAAAACUGUUCAUGAAUCACAUUUAACAACAAAUUAUUCAGCACAAUUAAAAUUAUGGGCUGCUGAUUGGAUUGUUCAACAAGAUGUUGAAUUAUAUAUUGUUAUGAAAAUUGAAUCAUUAUCAAUUAAUAAAUAUAUAGGUUCAAAAUUUUGGGAUAUGGCACAUUUACAUGUUAAAAAUGUUCCACAUGGUUCAUCAAGAAUAUUUCUACGUGAAAUUACACCUGUUUGUCGACCGUAUAAAAUUCUUUCACGUGGUAUUAAUGUUGGUCAAGUAGAAAUUGAAGCAACAUAUUGGCUUACAAAACAUGAAUUAUCAAUUAAUAUUAUUAAAAUUAGUCAUUCACAAGCUGAACGAUUUUUACGAGCACCUGAAACAUAUGUGGAAAUUGUUUUUCAAGGUCCAUUUGAUAUAUUUGAUAUUCAACGAACGAAAGUAGCUGAACGUUCAUUAAAUCCAAUAUUUAAUGAAGAAUUUCUUUUUCAAAUUCCAGAAAAAACAGCUGUCAGUGAUGUAACUGUCGAUUUAAUAUUUGUUGAAAAAUCAAAUUUAUAUCAUAACCCUGCUAUACUUGGAGUAUUAACAUUAUCAAAACAUACAGAUUGGUUUCCUGUAAGAAAAUUUUGGGCAGACGUGGAAGAAAAUCCAAAUGUUAAAUUAAAAGAUAGUUUUUUAUUUGAAGGAAAUGUUGAUGAAUAA